AUGGUCAAACUGGAUGACGACAAUUACAGGGAUUAUGAGAAGGCUGUCGUAACGUCAAACCUCCUUUUUCGCUUCACAAGGCCUCCUUGCGUGGUCCAGCCCGAAAAUGUUGCUCACGUGCAGUCCAUUGUCAAGCAAGUUAAGGCGCAGAAGCUCUUACUAACGAUCAGAUGCGGAGGUCACUCUUACGCGGGAUUCUCCACGGCCCUGGAGAAGAACAACGUCUUGAUGGACCUCAGAAAGAUGAACAAGGUCAGACUUGAUGUCAAAGCAGAUACCAUCACUAUUGAUGCGGGCUGCCAAUGGGGUGAAGUCUACAGAACUCUCGUUAAUGGAGACCAUAACGGGUUCAUCAUUAAUGGCGGUCGUUGCCCUUAUGUAGGAGUCGGCGGAUUCAUCUUAGGUUCCGGUCUGGGUCCCUUUACUCGAACCUUUGGGAUGGGAAGCGACACUCUCUUGGAAGCAACUCUUGUGACCGCAGAUGGGCAAAUUGUAACGGUUAAGAAAAGCGACGAACGAAAUACUGAUAAAGGUAGGCUGUUCUGGGCACUCCAGGGUGCGGGCCAGGCCAACUUUGGGGUUGUAACUCAAAUGAAACUCAAGAUACAGCAUCUAAACAGCAAGAAUGGAUGGGUGGUCGGUGGAAGAUUCCUAUGGUACCCAGGAGAAGAAAAGAUGGAUGAACUGCUUCCCACGAUGAACGAGUUCUAUAAGGUUGAUUGGCCUAGGGAAAUAACCAUCGAUAGUACGUGGUUAUGUGACCUCCGAGAAAGAACAGGCGAUGGGGUGCGAUUCACUGUGUAUUACGACGGAAGCAAGGCAGACUAUGACAAGCUCAUUGACAAGCACAUUAAAAAUCCAGAUGUAAAGAAGCAACUCAAGAAGAGAGCUUUGCCGGAGCCCUCGACGCGAUUCCUCUACGAGACGCUCGAGGAGCAAUGGUUCGAUGAGAGCAAGAAGUUCUUUGCGGAAAACAAGACGUACAGGAUUUUUGCUGCUUUCGUUUUCAAUAGGGAACAAAUAACCAAGAACGUUGAGGAAAUCACCAGCAUUCUUCAGAAGGAGAUGAAGACUUUUCGAGAGUUGUACUUGGGGGAAGCCGUCAACUUAGACAUUGUCUGGAUUCAUACUGGGGGCCAAGCAUCGGAACCGAAGCCCACAGACACGGCUUUCUUUUGGCGUGAAGCGCUCUAUCACACCUACGUUGAGGUUCUGUGGAAGGAUAAAUGGAUGGAGUUGAACAUGAGAGGUUUCAUGGGCAAAUUGAAGAAGAAGCUGCGGCCAUUCUCUUUAGGCAAGGCUGCAGCCUUCUUCAAUUUUCCAGAUCGAGACUUGGUGAAGGCAGGCUACGAGAGGGCUUAUUUUGGAGAUAACCGCCAGGAGUUGCGGCGCAUCAAGGAGAUCUGGGACAAGGAUAAUCUCUUCAGGUGGGCCCAGGGUAUUCAGCUUCCAAAGAAUACCAUCGACGACGAAUCGGCGGACGUAGAUCCAGAUGAUGAUGCGGGCUUGACUGAUCAGUUGGCGCAAGAUUUAUGGGAUAAGAAGAACUGGCAACACAAGGUGAUUAGGAACGUUGGUGGGGUAGGAAAGAAGCUGGAGGCGAUGGGUUUCUGA